AACUAAACCGAGAUGGAAUCUCCCAGUCUGAACCGGUUUCAACCGGUUGUGAGUUAGUUGCUUGAGAGAGGAUAGGAGGCGCAGGCAUACAACAUCUACACCGCCCGACUGGAAAUUCACUAGAGUGACGAUUAAUUACUAAAUUAAGUUUUCUUUGUUUCUUUAAAAUGUUUCGGAGUGAUAAAAUGCUAAGUUUGCCGUAGUAGUAGCAGCUUUAGAGUCUACAGUUCUUGCCAGCCAGACAUCCCUCACUGCUGGAGCUGGAUAGGCAACGCUUCAAUAUUAGGAUUUUGUUCCCCAGUCAACAGUGGUGCUGAACUAUCCACUAAAUCUCGUAGUUUCUUUGGCAAACGCCACUCUUUUGAGUCAGAGCCUUGGACAUUAGACCUCUAUGCCAGCAGUUAUGACAAUGUUAGCAGACCAUGCAGCACAGCAGCUGCUGGACUUCAACCAGAAAUUGGAUAUCAACCUACUGGACAAUGUGGUGAACUGUCUAUAUCAUGGGGUCGGACCUCAGCAAAGAAUGGCCCAAGAGGUGUUGACACACUUAAAAGAGCACCCUGAUGCAUGGACGCGAGUGGACACCAUCCUGGAGUUCUCUCAGAACAUGAACACCAAAUACUAUGCUCUUCAGAUUUUGGAAACGGUUAUCAAAGCACGAUGGAAGAUUCUUCCUCGAAAUCAGUGUGAAGGUAUUAAAAAGUAUGUUGUCGGACUCAUUAUCAAGACUUCAUCAGAUGCAUCAAAUGUAGAGAAAGAAAAAGUGUACAUUGGAAAGCUGAAUAUGAUCCUUGUUCAGAUCCUGAAGCAGGAGUGGCCCAAGCACUGGCCGACGUUCAUCAGCGACAUCGUGGGGGCGAGUCGCACCAGCGAGAGCCUUUGUCAGAACAACAUGGUCAUCCUGAAGCUGCUCAGCGAGGAAGUGUUCGACUUCUCCAGUGGCCAGAUGACCCAGGUCAAAGCCAAGCACCUAAAGGACAGCAUGUGCAACGAAUUCUCCCAGAUCUUCCAGCUGUGUCAGUUUGUUAUGGAGAAUUCCCAGAAUGCCCCUCUCGUGCACGCCACCCUGGAGACCCUCUUGCGUUUCCUUAACUGGAUUCCGCUGGGCUACAUCUUUGAAACCAAGCUGAUCAGCACGCUGGUGUACAAGUUCCUGAACGUGCCCAUGUUUCGCAACGUGACACUGAAGUGCCUGACGGAGAUCGCCGGUGUGAGUGUCAGCCAGUACGAGGAGCAGUUUGUCACGCUCUUCACCCUCACUAUGUGUCAGCUCAAGCAGAUGCUUCCCCUGAACACCAACAUUCGGUUGGCCUACGCCAACGGCAAGGACGACGAGCAGAACUUCAUCCAGAACCUCAGCCUGUUCCUGUGCACCUUCCUGAAAGAACAUGGGCAGCUCAUUGAGAAGAGGCUGAACCUCAGAGAGACGCUCAUGGAGGCUCUCCACUACAUGCUCCUGGUGUCAGAGGUGGAGGAAACCGAGAUCUUCAAAAUUUGUCUGGAGUACUGGAACCACCUGGCAGCAGAACUCUACAGAGAAAGUCCGUUCUCCACGUCCACGUCUCCUCUGCUGUCCGGGAAUCAGCACUUCGACGUUCCGCCGCGCAGGCAGCUCUAUCUGCCAGUGCUCUCCAAGGUCCGUCUGCUGAUGGUGAGUCGGAUGGCCAAGCCGGAGGAGGUGCUGGUGGUGGAGAACGACCAGGGGGAGGUGGUCAGAGAGUUUAUGAAGGACACCGAUUCCAUCAACCUGUACAAGAACAUGAGAGAAACCCUGGUCUACCUGACUCACCUGGAUUACGCAGACACGGAGCGCAUCAUGACUGAGAAGCUUCACAACCAGGUCAACGGAACCGAGUGGUCCUGGAAGAACCUCAACACCCUGUGCUGGGCCAUCGGGUCCAUCAGUGGAGCCAUGCACGAAGAGGACGAGAAGAGGUUCCUGGUUACAGUCAUCAAGGAUUUGUUGGGUCUUUGUGAGCAGAAGCGAGGAAAAGACAACAAAGCCAUCAUUGCUUCAAACAUCAUGUACAUCGUCGGCCAGUACCCGCGCUUCCUCAGAGCUCACUGGAAGUUCCUCAAGACAGUGGUCAACAAGCUGUUUGAGUUCAUGCACGAAACCCACGACGGCGUUCAGGACAUGGCGUGCGAUACCUUCAUCAAGAUUGCUCAGAAAUGCCGGCGCCACUUCAUCCAGGUGCAGGUGGGAGAGGUGAUGCCCUUCAUCGACGAGAUCCUCAACAACAUAAACACCAUCAUCUGUGACCUGCAGCCUCAGCAGGUUCACACGUUUUACGAGGCGGUGGGAUACAUGAUCGGAGCUCAGACAGACCAGGCCGUCCAGGAGCACCUGAUAGAGAAGUACAUGCUGCUGCCCAAUCAAGUGUGGGACAGCAUCAUCCAGCAGGCCACCAAGAACGUGGACAUCCUGAAGGACCCGGAGACCGUCAAGCAACUGGGCAGCAUCCUGAAGACCAACGUCAGAGCCUGCAAGGCCGUGGGACACCCCUUCGUCAUCCAGCUGGGGCGCAUCUACCUGGACAUGCUCAACGUGUACAAGUGCCUCAGCGAGAACAUCUCUGCCGCUAUUCAGACAAACGGCGAGAUGGUGACCAAACAGCCGCUGAUCCGGAGCAUGAGAACAGUGAAACGAGAGACGCUGAAACUGAUCUCAGGAUGGGUCAGCCGAUCAAACGACCCGCAGAUGGUUGGAGAAAACUUCGUCCCUCCGCUGUUGGACGCCGUCCUCAUUGAUUACCAACGCAACGUCCCUGCAGCCCGGGAGCCCGAGGUCCUCAGCACCAUGGCAACCAUCGUUAACAAACUGGGCGGCCACAUCACCAGCGAAAUCCCCCAAAUCUUUGACGCGGUCUUUGAAUGCACACUAAACAUGAUCAACAAGAACUUUGAGGAGUUUCCGGAGCAUCGGACUCACUUCUUCUACCUGCUCCAAGCCGUGAACUCGCACUGCUUCCCUGCGUUCCUGGCCAUCCCUCCAGCCCAGUUUAAGCUGGUGUUGGACUCCAUUAUUUGGGCCUUCAAACACACCAUGAGGAACGUGGCCGACACAGGUCUGCAGAUUCUCUACACUUUGCUUCAAAAUGUGGCCCAGGAGGAGGCGGCUGCUCAGAGCUUCUACCAGACGUAUUUCUGCGACAUCCUGCAGCACAUCUUCUCUGUGGUCACAGACACGUCACACACUGCUGGCCUGACGAUGCAUGCAUCCAUCCUGGCUUACAUGUUCAACCUGGUAGAAGAAGGGAAGAUCACAGCGCCGCUGAGUCCCGCCAACCCCGCCAGCAACCAGGUGUUCAUACAAGAAUAUGUGGCUAACCUGCUGAAGACUGCCUUCCCCCACCUUCAGGAUGCUCAGGUGAAGGUGUUUGUGACCGGGCUGUUCAGCUUAAACCAGGACAUUCCUGCCUUCAAGGAGCACCUGAGGGACUUCCUGGUCCAAAUAAAGGAGUUUGCGGGCGAGGACACCUCGGAUUUGUUCCUGGAGGAGAGGGAGGCCUCGCUGCGGCAGGCCCAGGAGGAGAAACACAAGAUCCAGAUGUCAGUGCCGGGCAUCCUCAACCCCCACGAGAUGCCGGAGGAGAUGUGCGACUGA